GAGAUACAUGCCAACAAAGUAGCUCCCUCCACAGUGUACACUUACAUAAAAAUGGAAGAGAAGGAUCUCAAUUUGAUUGAAAAGGAUAGCCUUGACGUUGAGACGGACAACUUAAAAAGCGAAAACGCCAAGUACAUGGAGACACAUCCAGAGCUGCGGGACUUGCUGAAUGACUUCAUAUCUUCCGUUUUGUUGCAUACACCGGUAAGGAUGAACAAAAUGGCGACGCGUUGUUCACUUGAAUUGCGAUUGUGCGAGCGUAAGAAACGGAAAAAAGGACACCAAAGGGAUACGCAAAAAUGA